AUGGGGUCCGGCGGAGAGCAGUACGGCACGCGCUGUCAGAAAGCCCUGGCCCUCAUCGUUGACCUUUGCCUGGAGGACAACCCCCUCCUGGACCCCAACACCUGCCAGGAAUUCCUCCUCCUGCUGACCAACCGGAGCUCCAGCCUCAACGGAUCAGAACCCCCACCCUCCACUGUAACCCUAGGCCUCUUCCUGGUUGUGUUUUUCGGGUGUGGCCUGGCCCUGCUGGGGGUCAUCAUCUUCGCAUCCUGGAAGCUGUGCUGGGUGCCCUGGCGUGACAAGCCCCUGCCCCCCAGCGUCAGCGCCCUGAGCCCGGCCGGCUUCCACAGAGGCCCCCCCCUCUCCGACACCAUGGCGGCGGAGAAGCUGAAGGACCCCGCCCACUCCGUGAGCAUCCUGGAGGCGGCGGUGAAGAUCAGCCACACCUCGCCCGACAUCCCGGCCGACGUGCAGCUCUCCAUGAAGGACCACUUCCUGCGGCGCACGCGCAUGUCCCGCCAGACCACCGAGCCCGCGUCCUCAAACAGACACAGCUCCUUCAAGAGGCACCUCCCCAGACAGAUGCACCAUGUGACCAGCCUGGACCGAGGCAGUGAGUACCUGGAUGCGGACGAGCAGCCCACCAGCAUCGGGGGCAUCAAGCCCGAGCUGUACAAGCAGAAGUCUCUGGACGCGGAGGAGACGUCUAAGGACAACAGCAAGGACUGCGGCCGCAUCAACUUCUCCCUCAAGUACGACUACGAGAACGAGGCCCUGCUCGUCAACGUCCUCAAGGCCUUCGACCUGCCCGCCAAGGACUUCUGCGGCAGCUCCGACCCCUACGUGAAGAUCUACCUGCUCCCCGACCGCAAGCAGAAGUUCCAGACGAGGGUACACCGCAAGACCCUCAAUCCCACUUUCGACGAGUCCUUCCAGUUCCCCGUGCCCUACGAGGAGCUGGGCGGGCGGAAGCUCCACAUGAGCGUUUUCGACUUUGACCGUUUCUCCCGCCACGACAUGAUCGGAGAAGUAAUACUGGAGAACCUGUUUGAAACGUCAGACCUCAGCAGAGAGACGUUCGUCUGGAAGGAUAUUCAGUACGCCACCAGUGAGAGUGUGGACCUGGGGGAGAUCAUGUUCUCGCUCUGCUACCUGCCCACGGCAGGGCGGCUCACACUCACUGUCAUCAAGUGCAGGAACCUGAAAGCCAUGGACAUCACAGGAUACUCAGACCCCUAUGUGAAAGUGUCCCUCAUAUGUGAUGGGAGACGCUUGAAAAAGAAGAAGACCACCAUUAAAAAGAACACGCUGAACCCCACGUACAACGAGGCCAUCAUCUUCGACAUCCCCCCGGAGAACAUGGACCAAGUCUGCCUCCACAUCUCCGUCAUGGACUAUGACCUGGUGGGGCACAAUGAAAUCAUCGGGGUGAACCGAGUCGGGAGCAACGCGGAAGGACUGGGCCGGGACCACUGGAACGAGAUGCUGGCCUACCCCCGCAAACCCAUUGCUCACUGGCACCCUCUGCUGGAGGUCAAGAAGUCUGAAAAAGAGUGGAAGGCCCGCACUGCUAGCUUUGACAGCCAGGGCUCCUGUCCCUCGCCCAGACCCCCGUCCAGCCCCUGA